AUGGCGACUGAAAAACCUAUUACUACAGAGACUGUUGCCCUCACCGAGAAGAAAAUGGAUAUGUCUUUAGAUGCUAUUAUCAAGAUGUCAAAGAGCAAUACCAAUGUGAAAAAGGGCAAGAAACAAAGAACAUCGAAUAAAAAGGAGAGUUUUAAUGGUGCUUCGAAAAAUAGCGCGGUAAAGGCACAGCGUUAUAUGGACUCACGGUCUGAUGUUAGACAGGGUGCUUUUGCUAAGAGAAGGUCUCAUUUCCAAGGAAAUCAGUUUCCUAUAACAACAAACGUUGCUCAUAAAGCCGCUUCUGCUACUCCGCUCCGUGGUAGACCUUAUAAAACUGGAAGGAUGACUAAUACGAAUCAAUCAAGGUUUAUUACUCCACCUGAUCAGAAUAGAUCUGCUGCACACAGAGGGUUUGUCGCAAAGACCCAAUUGUGCUUGGAAACUGAUCCGAUAUGCGUAUCUGGUGUGUUAUACGAGCAUUAUGAUUUAAAGCAUUUACAACAUCGUGGCAUAUCCAUAACCAAAGAGAUUUUGAUACUUAUUGAUUGA